AAAGAAGCGUGUAAAUAGUCUCUCAACAAGGUUACCGGAAAACUCCAUAAGAAGAAACAGCUUUAGAGUCGCUCGUGUCAGCAUCAUCAACAACACCUCACAAGGAUGUAAUUGAGGAUAAGGUGGCAUAAGAGCGGAGAACUAAAGGGGAAGGUCGAGCGAGUGUUUGUCUGUCAACGAGAGUCAGCGAACCUUGGAGACGUAGCGAAUUGACGAUGAGCGACUAUAAAACUGGGCAGCGACCUUUGUAGAAACAGAUUCUGGUGUGAUAGAUUUUAACGGACAAGGUACAUUCCACACAUCUUCACCCAUUGGCUACGAACAGGGCACGGUUGGUACAUCUAUUAAGAAAAAAAAUACUUCCUAAGAAGUUAUCUGAUGACAUAUCUAUGGAUUUUUUUUAAAUUAUUCUUAUUGUGUGAGGUAUCAAAAUAGCAUCAUCCCAAACUCAAGACAAGACAAGUAGCACCACAAUAAAUAAUGUAUCGCACUCAUUUUUUCAUGCGAACUACAAAACGUGAGAACUAAUUUCUCACUACCGCUCACUGUGGUUCCAACAAAAUUUCCAGUGAGCGCGCCACUUCCAGUGAGCAUAAACUGAGUGCCGCUUUCACCGUAGAAUGAGCGCCCAAAAGAGGGAGAAAACAAAAUGGAUGACUCGCACCGUAGGCGGAGCUAUGCGGAAAACCAGUUUUCGUUGCAUUUUCCCCUACCUUGCCGGUGGGUUUGAUAGUGGUUGUGCAGUUACUCGUUGCAUUUUCUGCACAGUGCGAUAGUGGUGGUGAUGGUGGUGUGUGUGACGCAGCAACACCAAAUACGAAGCGUGCGCGCCAGUUGGGUUCGAAAGCUCAUUCCGAGUACUCGUUGGGAGCAGCGCGCUUGCAUCCAUCGCUACGCACGCGUUGAAAAGUGUGGCAGCUAGAGCAAAAAAAAAAAAACGACACCACGAUAACAAUACGAACCACAAGCUUUCCUACCUUACGGCGUAAAACCCUGUAUGAGCCCUGCGUAAGGAAACGUUUCAGAACAACCCGAGCUGCAUUGUCGUAAACGUUAGUGAAUGAAAAACGUUAUUUAUCUUUUAGUGCUUAGUAAAAUCAUUUCUAAACAAACAGUGAGCGGUAGUUGAAAGAGAUUAACAUCUUCCAAGUGCAUGCAAUAUUUUGUUUGUUUUUUCUCCCUGCUGUGAAAAUGUGUUUAAUAAUUGUGAUUCGCGAUUGUAUUGAAAUUGCCGUCGGCGUUUGAGAACAAUCACAACUCGAUAUAAUCCUUCUCGAUAGUAAAACAAAAAAACGUGUGCAAAAGAAAAAAAAUCCAUGAAUCUACAAUAAUUUAUUUUAUUUCGGUUUCGUUCAAAUCGAACUGUCAACGGUGAACGCGACGCGUAAAUCAACCGACAAAAUUGAGAGACACAAACGCAAACGUGACCUCGCGAGUGAGCUGGUGAAAGAUUUGAAGUGUGGAAGACGCAGUGCCGGCGGUGCGAGAGUGGCGGCCAGUGGUCCCCGGGCCUCCCAUUCCCUUCAUACCGGUUCGGCACGGGAUCAGCAUAGGCGCACCGGACAGCGAAUGCUGUUGGACACGGGGACACCGAAGGGUGUGCCGACGGAUGAUGCGGGACCGGGUGGUCGUGGACCACCGGGUAUGGGGCCAGGGACCGUCACUACGGCUGCUGCUGCUGCUGCCGCCGCCGCAGCCGCUGCCCUAUCGGCGGCCAAGGGUGCGACGGAUUUCUCGAUAGCGGCGAUCAUGGCACUGCGGGAGGGCUCCAGCAGGAGCCCUCUGGAAGCAGUUUUCGUAAGUGGCUCACAAAAUUCGUCCGUCGAUCGGCUUUCCGAGGCGGACGAUGAGGUCGAUGUUGAUGUGGAGGAGUGCAGUGAUUCCGAGGAACCCAAGUCCUCCGACAGUGGCCGUGUGACCCACUCGCGUACUACCGAAACACCGAACAGCAUUUCCGUGUCGGACGAGGAAAGACUUUCACCGGAACCAGCGCAGAAACGACCAACGAUUGUUGGGUCCUGCAAUUCGGAUGACUUAAGGCCGGUUCAGUGUCACCUGGAGACGAAGGAGCUUUGGGACAAGUUCAACGAGCUUGGUACGGAAAUGAUCAUUACCAAGACGGGAAGACGUAUGUUUCCGACGGUGCGCGUUUCCUUCUCCGGUCCACUGCGCCAAGUUACGCCAGCCGAUCGGUAUGUCGUGCUGCUGGAUGUGGUCCCGGUUGACAACCGGCGCUACCGUUACGCGUACCACCGAUCGGCCUGGCUGGUGGCGGGCAAGGCAGAUCCUCCACCGCCUGCCCGACUCUACGCCCACCCGGACACCCCGGUUGGGGCCGAUGCCCUGCGGAAACAGGUUAUAUCGUUCGAAAAAGUGAAACUAACCAACAAUGAAAUGGACAAGAAUGGUCAGAUUGUCCUCAAUUCCAUGCAUCGCUACCAACCCCGCAUACACCUGGCAAGGCUAGGACCGGGCCAAAACAUACCCAUUACACCAAAGGAGCUGUCCGAUGUGGAUCACAAGACGUACGUCUUUCCGGAGACGAUCUUCACGGCGGUUACGGCUUACCAAAACCAGUUAAUAACGAAGCUAAAAAUUGAUUCCAAUCCGUUUGCAAAAGGGUUCCGUGAUUCAUCCCGCCUGACUGAUUUUGAUCGGGAUCCGAUGGAUGCCCUACUUUACGAGCAACACAUGCGAUCACCGUUGCGCAUGUUUCCUGAUCCGCUGAUGGCACAGUUCGCAUCCGGUCCGGGUCCUGAGCUGAUGUCGGAUGCAUCAUCGGCAGCACUGCUAGAGAAAGCUCGCCAGCAUCUACAAAUGUGGGGUCGCUCGCCCUACAGCGAACUGCUGCUUCCCCAGAUGUAUCAACGACCGCAGAGCCUAGGAGCUCUCAACCUUGGAGUUUGGCAGAACUCCGCCAGUUGGCCUGCUAGUCCACAGUUACCUCCCGGCUUCUUACCGAAUGCUGCAGCAGCGGCGGCAGCAGUUGCUGCAGCAGCUUCCGCCGGUAGCUCUCGACACACUUCGCCACCACCACCAUCACAACCAUCAACUACAUUGGGAUCUUCCGCGUCCAUCAUGUCACCAGCGACACCACUAACCCCAACGAGUUCUUCCGGAUCUCCGUCGCCAGAUCCACGGGCCAAACACUUCGCGCGAUUCGCACCAUACCAAAUACCACAAACUUCGAAUCCGCAUCAAUCUCAGCUGCCUUCGGCACAUCUUCCACUUCCAAUAUCACCCUCACCCGGUCCAGCUAGGUCUCCAAGCAGUCCUUCAAACUAAUUUCUCUACGAGUUUGACGUACGGCGUAUCUAUGCAAGUCCACAUGGUCUGAUUAGUCAUGAGAUGAAUGAUUUCGUUCCGAACUCAUCAGUAUUAGAAUGAAGAUUGCAUUGUACGUGCAUUACGCUUUAGCUAUGAAUUUCCCGUGUUGGAAGAAACAAACUUCCCGGACGUUAAUUAUUUAAUUUAUUUAGCGCUUAUUAUGUCCUGCUUCAUCUUGUGUUCUUUCUGUUACUUGAUCACAUAAUAGUAGAUAUAGACGGAGACUUUAAACUGAAGGUAAGCGAUAAAUGUUGUGUGGACCCACUUGCAGGAUUUUAUGUAUAGUCACAGUUCAGCUGUAAAUGACGUUGAGAAGCAGACAAUGUUUUGUAUCUCUGAUCGAUAGGUGAUCGUGUUGAUGAAAGCAAACAGACAGAACAAUGAGAGCGAUCCAACGAAUAAUUACCAAAAUUGUUAUACCAAGUAAAACUUACACCUAAAUAAAGAAGUUCUUUUCCGUUCCAUGUA